ACCAAGUACUUCAACAUCCAGAAACAUUCCACAAACCCCGGUCAACGGAUUUCUUUCCAGUCAUUCUUUUACAAGGCCAUCAAGCACAGCAUUGAGUACCUAGUAUACACACAACCAACAAGGUCACAAACGACACUCCUUGCAAUCAAUUUCGGCGGCAUCCUUCCAACAUGUCCUCCUCCACACAGCCACAGCCCUACACACUCAUCUCCCCCAGCUCCAUGACCGACCUAGAUCGCUUCAUCGACAUCAUAACAGACUCAUUCGCGAACACCGCCCUGACAACAUCGUUCAUAGUCGACAACGAUAACACACCACCGCCCUAUCCAUCCCCACGGAUCGACGCCGACCGUCGAAGACGCCAUUUCGCACAAGGCAUCCUCGACAGCGCCGCGUCCAACGCCGAGCUCGUCCACGCAGGCGAUUGGUCCGUCAUCGCCCUCUGGGAACCGCCACAAUACCAGGGGAAGGCAUUCAUCGAUUCCAAAGCCCGGCCGGGCGUCCUACUCAGCGAAUGGAGAGCCAAAGUCAAGGCCGCGAAGGAGAAGCAUCUGGCCACUAACGUUACCGUGCCUCCACAGCCUCCAGAGCCUUCCCGGUCUUUACGGCCUCUACAAUCCGACUCCAACCCCUCGACAUCAGACUACUCCUCGGAGUCGAAUUCGAAUUCAAAUUCGAAUUCCAACUCAACAUCGGAUGACUCGGACAAAGACAUCGACAACGACAACGAACCCCAAACCUCAUCACCACCCCUACGGCCCUACUACCACCUAUCAUUCCUGGCGCGGAACACAUCCGUUCCCCGAGUCAGCGGCAGCAUCAACGCCGUCAUGCUCCCGUUCCUGCAGCGUGCAAAGGCAGAAAACGUCCCGGCCUGGCUGGAAGCCACGACGCCCCAGGCCGUCAAGAUCUACGAGCACUUCGGCUUUCGGGUCGCCGAGCAAAUCGUCGUCGGCAAGGGCAAGGUAGACCACGAGGGCUGGCCCAGUGUGGAUGGGAAAGGCGAAGGCGUGACGGCUUGGGCGAUGAUUCAUGACUGAACUAACUCGCACUCGCACUCGCACCACUUGAGAUUUGAGGGAGACCCCCUCUCCGAGGUUCCCGAAACCAGGGACGGGGCAAUGACGGAGUUGUUUCUGGGACAACUGGGAAAAGGGGUACAGUACAAGAGCAAUCACACCUUAAAAGAUUUGUCCUCUACUCCGUACAGCCCCCGUCUCACAGGCACCCUUCCACCCACAAGACUUGACGACUAAAUUGCUUUACAGCAGUUGCCGAGGGAAAGGAUGAGAUGUGGAACUGCAAAGGACGAGCAAGCAAAACGACCCCUCUAAAUGUGCGCUGUUCUCGGAAGCGCCCCCAGUAUUCGACCUGGGACCGGGAUUUGAGAGGCCAUCGUUGAGAGCAAAAAAGAAAACCACCGCGCUCCAAAAGCAGAAGAUGAGAGCUCAAAUUGCUUGCCAAACAUCUCAAAAGACUGGCACUCCUGUUGUAUGACAAGGCGAGUGCGUGGAUGCACGGCACGUAACGAAAGCCGGAGACAAACACAGAUACCAUGCGGUGACGGACGAGAUUGCUGGCCCGGUCGUGCCCGGUUUACCUUGGCCUAUGACUCGAAUGCCAUUCCUCGAGGCACAUGCACAAGCCUGGGAUUUGGCGAGGUUUAGCACGACCUACAGUAUCCUCUUCUCUCGAUAGUCCGGACACUGCAGGCAGGGAAAACAAAGGCCUGCUGAGCAUGUACCUAGGUAACUUUGUAUUGUUUAAGAAACGAGGACUUUGGCACACUCAUGCUCAUCUCGAUGAUUUUCUCACGGCCCCUGCCUUGAAAUUCUGUUUUGUCUAUGGCCUUCGUAGAAACUCUCACGCAGAUCCCGUCCCCCAUGAUGGUACCUAGCUUGCUAGGCAAAUUCCCUGAAUAUCCGUAGAAUGCUG